GUUGGGUUUCAGUGGGUGGUGGUGGUGUUUGAUGGGGAUAGGUGAGUGCUUUGAUGAAUAUGGAUGAAUGGUGAUGAUGAAAAUGAAAUUAUGUUUUUCUUAAUCUGAAUUUGGGUGGGAUGAAUCUGGGUUGUUUUUUGUUGAAGAUGAUGGAGAUAAUGAGAAGGAUGAAGAUGAGAUUAAAUUUUAGAGUAAAGGUAGAAGGGGGAAUUCGUUUGGUUGUGCAAGAUUGCACUAGGAAAUCCUUAUGCAUAUUAUGGGAUCCCACUUUGAAAUGAUUUUACUUUUUUAAAAGAAGUUGAGAUGUUGGAUUCUGAUCUUAUGACCAAAAUGCAUUCUAUGCAAGCGGAAGAAGAAAGCUUGUUGUUCGAACAACAAGAGAAGAGGACAACAUUCAACUACCCAAACAUAAUGAAACACUCCAAGUUGCAUAUAACUCACAAACAUAAAUUCGUUCUUUUAAAUUUUAAAUUUAACUACAUCAAACUUCAAACUUCAAGUAAAUCAAACAAGCAUUUAUAAAUGUUUCAAAAAUACACUUUAAUUGCUCUAUUCAUGUUUAAUUUAUUUUAAGUCGAAAAUAUUCACAUCUGUUAUCACCGUUACCAUUACAAUAUAUUUCUUAAACAUCAUAUUCAGACAUAAAAUUUUAUUAUUAAACAAAAUGAAAUGAAGUAUGCAUCACUUAAAUAUGUAAGAAAAACCAUUCUCAGAAUUAGAAAAGAGAGGGCUCCUUAAACAUCUACUUAGGUGUUCAAUCCUUGAGCAAUGUGUAUGGAAAAACGUUUUUGUUAUGAGCACUUAAUAUGAUCUCAAGAGUCUCGGGGAAUCGUAGGAUUAAUUUCAUUUAUUUUUACUUGAAUUUUUAAACUUUAUCUUGUUAACAACAUCACACUCGAGAAGGAGGCAAAAAUCCCCAUGGCUUAAACCCCAAACAAACCUCUCACAUAAUCCAUUCCACUUCAACUUCCACUCUCAUCUCUUCCAUGGCGUUGCCAUUUCUUACUCUUCCAUCCUUUUUUCACACCUCCAAUUCCAUAACUGCAACCUUCGCUCCUCCUUCCACACGCUUCCGUUCACACUCCUACCGCCUCCGACCUCCGGGAGCCACCGGCGCCGACGGCAUAUUCUACCCCAACCCCUCCGACGACGACCCACCGGAAGCCCCUGAGGAUUCCGCCCACGGCUUCUCCAAAUUCCAGCAAAUCCACAUCCAAGCUGACCGCGCCCGCCAAAUCCAGGAGGAAGAUUUCAAGAAGAAUCAGUCCACCUUCCUCGCCGCCAUCGCCGACGUCGAAGACGCCCCUGACAUCCCUUCCACUCUCGACUCCGGUGCCGACGACUUGUUCGGCGAGAUCGAUAAGGCUAUUGCGCUUAAACGCAAGGAGUUCGUCAAGCAGGGCCUUCUCCAGCCCAAUCCCGCCAAACCACUUAUCCCCGACGUCGCCGAUGAGCUUCAGCCUGACGAGCUCGCCGACGUGGAGGAAAUUGACCAGCUCCGUGACCUUGCGGCAGCGGCAACCUCCGACGAGCCGCCGGGAGAUUUCGUCGGCGAAGGAGAUGAUUCAUCUCUGAAAGCUGAUUCUCCGUUUGAGUUGGAUUUUGAGAGUUAUGGGAAGAGUAAGGCUAGGAUUGUGGAACCGAAGUUUAGGAUGAGUUUGGCUGAGCUUUUGGAUGAGAGCAAAGUGGUGCCAGUGUCUGUGUAUGGAAAUUUGGAGGUUGAGAUAACUGGGAUUCAGCAUGAUUCUAGGCUUGUCACUUCUGGUAACUUGUUUGUGUGCUGUGUGAAAAACGAUGGGCACGUGUUAUUGAGUGAGGCGGAUAAGCGAGGUGCUGUUGCUGUUGUUGCGAGUAAAGAGAUUGAUAUUGAAGACACUUUGGGUUGUAAGGCUUUGGUGAUUGUGGAAGAUACCAAUGCGGUUCUUGCUGCGUUGGCUGCGUCGUUUUAUCGGUAUCCUUCGAAGAACAUGGCUGUUAUUGGGAUAGCUGGGACUUAUGGCAAAACAACCACCACCUAUUUGAUAAAAAGCAUGUAUGAAGCAAUGGGGCUGCGGACGGGGAUGUUCAAUUCAAUCGCUUGUUAUGUCCAUGGGGAUAAUCAGUUGGAUUUGGAAGCGGUUGAUGAGACCCUGGAUGCUGUUUUGGUUCAGAAUUUGAUGGCGAAGAUGCUUCACAAUGGAACUGAAGCGGUGGUCGCGGAGGCCUCUUCUCAUGGACUGGCUGAGGGAAAGUAUGACGAGGUUGAUUUUGAUAUUGCGGUUUUUACGAAUAUGGCUGAGGAGGCAGAUAGAGAUGAGAAUGCUAAGCUGUUCUCGAGGAUGGUGGAUCCUGACCGGCACAGGAAAGUUGUUAACAUUGAUGAUCCGAAUGCGCCUUCCUUCGUUUCAUUGGGGAGCCCGGAUGUUCCUGUUGUGACAUUCGCGUUGGAGAAUAAGGAUGCAGAUGUUCAUCCCUUGAAGUUUGAACUCUCCCUGUUUGAGACUCAGGUGUUGGUUAACACACCCACCGGGAUCCUGGAAAUUUCAUCGGGUUUGCUUGGAAGACACAAUGUGUACAACAUUCUUGCUGCUGUGGCAGUUGGCAUUGCCGUCGGGGCACCCUUAGAGGACAUUGUUAGAGGGAUUGAAGAGGUUGAUGCAGUUCCUGGUAGGUGUGAGUUGAUUGAUGAGGAACAAGCAUAUGGGGUAAUUGUGGACUAUGCUCGAACUCCUGAUGCCUUGUCUAGAUUGCUUGAUUCUGUAAGAGAGCUUGGACCUCGCAGGAUUAUAACUGUUAUCGGUUGCUGUGGCGAGGAUGAUAGGGGGAAGAGACCCUUGAUGACCAAGAUAGCAACAGACAAAAGUGAAGUGACCAUGCUGACAUCUGACAAUUCCAAGAGUGAAGAUCCAUUGGAUAUUUUGGAUGAUAUGUUGGCUGGGGUAGGAUGGACAAUGCAGGAGUACCUGAAAUAUGGAGAGAAUGACUACUACCCUCCUCUUCCUAAUGGUCAUAGGCUUUUUCUCCAUGACAUUAGGAGGGUAGCUGUGCGAGCUGCUGUUGCAAUGGGAGAGGAAGGUGAUGUUGUUGUGAUCGCUGGCAAAGGCCAUGAAACAUAUGAAAUAGCAGGUGAGAAGAGGGAUUUCUUUGAUGACAGAGAAGAGUGCAGGGAGGCAUUGCAAUAUGUUGAUGAGCUUCACCAAGCUGGAAUAGAUACAAGUGAAUUUCCAUGGCGGUUACCGGAGAGCCACUGAUACCGCAUGCUGCUUUGAUAUAAAUUAUGUCUGCAUUACUUGUUUACCUGAGUAGAGAUCUAGCAAGUUAGAAGAACAGGGCCUUUUCGGUGAUUAGGGGACCCUUUUUUGCAGAAGAAGCAUGGGAAUCAACCAGGUAAAAAUGACCUUUUGAGUUUGAACGGCAAUGGCCUUCGGAGUCCAGCCGAAAAUUGCAGCUUCGGAAUAGUACAGUUUUAUCCAAUCAUCUAUUUUUUGUCAAUAUAAUUGUAGUUAUAAUUUUUUCUCUUUUCUUUUUCCCUGGGCCUAUUGUCCUUGCCACUGUAAGUCUAUGUCCUUUAAGUAAAUUGGAGAGCGAUGCAAAUAGUCGAGCUUCCUCAUUGGCAAAUAUAUAUAGGACUUGGUUGACCAAGCUUGGGAGUCAACCAGGUAAAAUGGCAUUUUCUAUGGUGAAUUCUCAGUUCUUAAAUGUGUUGUGGGAUUUAGGUCAUCUAAGUAAGAAGUGCACUUUAGAGUUUGAUUUUUUGGUUGAAACCACAAGUAUCCUCCAUUGAGGCUUUGUUCGA